CAAACCCUCCCGUUAAACUCCGUGAGGGCGCGGGUCCGUAACUUCCCACCUUCAUUUCCAACAUCCCAGCGAUUCUCAUUCAUAAGAGUCCGCUCCCAGUUUACACGAGCUGAAUGUGUAUCUGCUGAUAAAAAAAUGACGUGGGAUAAAAUAGCGGUUUUCUUUCUGAAACUUUCCUGGACACUUUAUCAUGUCACAGCCAUUGAAAGACAAGACAUGUAUCCAUACGGGCUGUUUUACGGCGAUGUUACUCUGCAGGAAGGAGACGAUGAGACCUCCAAAGUGAUCUAUCUCACCAAACCCAUGUACUUCUAUGAGACGUCCUUCGACAAUUUAUAUGUGGCCACCAAUGGAAUCAUCUCAACUCAGGAUCUUCCCAUGGAGAAACAGUACGUGGACGACGGCUUCCCCACUGACUUCCCUGUCAUCGCCCCCUUCCUGGCUGACAUUGACACCAGUAAGGGAAAAGGAUUCAUCUACUACAGGCAGACGGAGUCCCCUACCGUGCUUGAACGGGUGGAGGCGGAUGUGAAGAAAGGCUUUCCAGACGCAGGCUUCACCCCUAGCCAUGCCUUUAUCGCCACCUGGGUGAAUGUGUCCGCAUAUGAGGAAGUUUCCCGCAGCUCUAGUGCAUCCAAUCGGGUGAACACGUUCCAAGUGGUUAUUGCAUACAAUGAGAAAGAUACAUACGCUCUCUUCCUAUACCCAGAGGAUGGAUUGCAGUUUUAUGGGACUCGACCUAAAGAAUCAUACAACGUUGAAAUUGAGCUUCCAGCACGUGUGGGGUUCAGCAGAGGAGAGCUCUCCUUCUUAUUUUUCUCACGAACGGAGGGUCCUUACUACAGCGUCACCACCAAUGAGCAAUCCAUCAAGAACCUUUAUCAGAUAGGAAAUACAGGAAUGCCAGGAGUUUGGCUCUUCCACAUUGGAAACAGAGACUCCUUCCAGAACGUUGUUUCUCCACAGCAUGCGGCAGUUUCAACCAAAGCUCCCCCCGUUCUCGAGUUCCCCGAUGAAGAGUACCCAGAUGAGGAUGAGGAGGAAUACCAUCCAGACUUCCAGGAUCCCACUACAACAGAGUUUAUUGAGCCAGAGCAGGACACAUCUUUAUUGGAAGAUCUCAACCAGCACACAUCCCUUGAUAAUUCUCAUCUUGAGCCUUCAGUAUCUAGUCCAGAAGAUGUUCCCGAGUCGGAGCACCAUAAUCUACCCUCGGAGGACGUGACCCAGCCGCAGCGGCCGCAUCCGAAACAUGCAAUCCUGCAGGUGUACCCAAACCGUAUGAAGGAUGUCCCACCACACACCUCUGGUGUUCAAGUAUUCAGUGUUGAUGAGAAAGUCGACUUUGACUCUGGAGUGAUCCAGUAUUCUACUGAUAAUAAGGAGACCUGCGAACGCUUUCAAACGCAGUGUAGUCAGAACGCACAUUGUACAGAUUUUUCUACCGGUUUCUGCUGUGAAUGCAACUCAGGAUUCUAUGGGAAUGGUCGUCAUUGCCUGCCAAACGGUGCACCUCAUCGAGUGAACGGAAAGGUCAGGGGGACUUUAACGGUGGGCGGCACUCCAAUGCAGCUGGAUAGCAUCGACCUGCACGCUUACAUCGUGGUGGGCGAUGGACGGGCGUACACUGCAAUCAGUGAGGUCCCAGAGCCGAUCGGGUGGGCCCUCAUGCCCGUAGCCCCCAUCGGAGGUCUGUUCGGUUGGCUAUUUGCCUUGGAGCUGCCUAACAGCCAUAAUGGCUUCAGUAUCACCGGUGCUGAAUUUACUCGCCGAGCUGAUGUGACCUUCUAUCCCGGUAACCAGCGGCUCAGUAUCGUCCAGACGGCCAUGGGUUUGGACACCCAGAACUACCUCAACGUGGACACUCAUUUAGAGGGCAGCGUACCCUUCAUCCCUCCUGAUUCCACCGUGCAAAUGGAGCCAUUUAAAGACACCUACCAGUAUUACCCAUCAUUGAUAACCUCCACGUCGGCACGCGAGUUUACAGUCGUGUCUGCAGAGAAUGGAGCAGAGACCUUUACUCUCCAGGUCAAACAGAACGUCACAUACAGAGAUUGCACUCACGGACCACGCAGCAAUCUCGAAACGCAGGAGUUGAGAAUUGAGCGCAUAUUUGCAUUGUUCGCCAAAGAGGAGCGCAUCCUUCGAUAUGCUAUAACCAACAAGAUCGGUCCUGUGGGAGCUGGGGACCCAGAGCCAGAAAACUUAAACCCCUGUUACACUGGAAAUCAUGAUUGUGAUACAACAGCGCAGUGCGUGCCGGGCGAUGGAGAGCUGUUCACGUGCCAAUGCGCCACAGGUUACAGAGGAGACGGUCGCAACUGUUACGAUAUCGAUGAGUGUGCAGAAGGUCUGAGCUCCUGCGGCCAUCACUCGCAAUGCGUCAACCUGCCCGGAAGCCAUCGCUGUCUUUGUGAAAGUGGAUUUGAAUUUGGAUUUGAUGGACGAACAUGUCAGGAUGUAGACGAGUGUCGCAACCAGCCGUGUCAUGCUCAGGCCUUGUGCUCCAACGCUCCAGGAUCUUUCUAUUGCCAGUGUCAACCCGGAUUUCAUGGUGAUGGCUUCCAGUGCUAUCCUCAGAACGGAGGUCGCCCCAAGACCCAGUGCGAGCACCAUAGAGACAGUGUUCAGGGUGGAAGAGAUGGUCUUCCUUUAGUAGGAGCCUUCAUCCCUCAGUGUGAUGAUGAGGGUCAGUACAGACCGCUGCAGUGUCACGGGUCCACAGGUCACUGCUGGUGUGUGGACACUACGGGUCAGGAGAGAGCGGGCACUCGCACUCCACCCGGAAGCCCACCGAGAAACUGUGAUGAGCCGGUUCAUCCUAUUCGUCCCAAGACCCAGUGUGAGCACCAUAGAGACAGUGUUCAGGGUGGAAGAGAUGGUCUUCCUUUAGUAGGAGCCUUCAUCCCUCAGUGUGAUGAUGAGGGUCAGUACACACCGCUGCAGUGUCACGGGUCCACAGGUCACUGCUGGUGUGUGGACACUACAGGUCAGGAGAAAGAGGGCACUCGCACUCCACCCGGAAGCCCACAGAGAAACUGUGAUGAGCCGGUUCAUCCUAUUCGUCCCAAGACCCAGUGUGAACAUCACAGAGACAGUGUUAAGAGUGAAACAGGUGGUGUUCCUUUGGUAGGAGCCUUUGUCCCUCAGUGUGAUGAUGAGGGUCAGUACACACCGCUGCAGUGCCAUGGGUCCACAGGUCAUUGCUGGUGUGUGGACACUACGGGUCAGGAGAGAGCAGGCACACGCACUCCGGCUGGAAGCCCUCCGAGAAACUGUGAUGAGCCGGUCCAUCCUAUUCGUCCCAAGACCCAGUGUGAGCACCAUAGAGACAGUGUUCAGGGUGGAACAGAUGGUCUUCCUUUAGUAGGAGCCUUCAUCCCUCAGUGUGAUGAUGAGGGUCUGUACAGACCGCUGCAGUGUCACGGGUCCACAGGUCACUGCUGGUGUGUGGACAGUACGGGUCAGGAGAGAGCGGGCACUCGCACUCCGCCCGGAAGUCCACAGAGAAACUGUGAUGAGCCAGUUCAUCCUAUUCGUCCCAAGACCCAGUGUGAACAUCACAGAGACAGUGUUCAGAGUGAAACAGAAGGUGUUCCUUUAGUAGGAGCCUUCGUCCCUCAGUGUGAUGAUGAGGGUCAGUACAGACCGCUGCAGUGUCACGGGUCCACAGGUCACUGUUGGUGCGUGGACAGUACGGGUCAGGAGAAAGCGGGCACUCGCACUCCACCCGGAAGUCCACAGAGAAACUGUGAUGAGCCGGUUCAUCCUAUUCGUCCCAAGACCCAGUGUGAACAUCACAGAGACAGUGUUAAGAGUGAAACAGGUGGUGUUCCAGGAGCCUUCAUCCCUCAGUGUGAUGAUGAGGGUCAGUACACACCGCUGCAGUGUCACGGGUCCACAGGUCACUGCUGGUGUGUGGACGCUACGGGUCAGGAGAGAGCGGGCACCCGCACUCCGGCCGGAAGCCAACCAAGAAACUGCGAUGAGCCGGUUCAUCCUAUUCGUCCCAAGACCCAGUGUGAGCACCAUAGAGACAGUGUUCAGGGUGGAACAGGUGGUGUUCCAGGAGCCUUUAUCCCUCAGUGUGAUGAUGAGGGUCAGUACACACCGCUGCAGUGUCACGGGUCCACAGGUCACUGCUGGUGUGUGGACGCUACGGGUCAGGAGAGAGCGGGCACCCGCACUCCGGCCGGAAGCCAACCAAGAAACUGCGAUGAGCCGGUUCAUCCUAUUCAUCCCAAGACCCAGUGUGAGCAUCAUAGAGACAGCGUUCAGGGUGGAAGAGAUGGUCUUCCUUUAGUAGGAGCCUUCAUCCCUCAGUGUGAUGAUGAGGGUCAGUACAGGCCCCUGCAGUGUCACGGGUCCACAGGUCAUUGCUGGUGUGUGGACACUACGGGUCAGGAGAGAGCGGGCACUCGCACGCCGCCCGGAAGCCCACAGAGAAACUGUGAUGAGCCGGUAAUCGUGCCACCCACCCAGCGUCCAGAGACGGUCUGCGAACGCUGGAGAGCCAGUCUAUUGGAGCACUACGGAGGUCAAUCUGACUCUCAACGCUAUCUGCCACAGUGUGACUCUGCUGGUGAGUUCAACCCACUGCAGUGCUACGGAGACAGCACCUACUGCUGGUGUGUGGACCGAGACGGACGUGAGGUACCUGGAACCCGCUCACACGAUGCUGUGAAACCUGCCUGUAUACCUACAGUGGCCCCUCCCACCGUGCACCCUUUGCCACGCCCAGAUGUGACCCCGCCCCCAACCGGCACAUCCCUCCUCUACGCACAGGGUCAGCAGAUUGGAGUUUUGCCUCUUAAUGGCACACAGAUGGACAAGCAGAGGUCUUCAGUGUUGCUUGCUCUACAUGGUUCUAUAGUGGUCGGCAUCGAUUACGACUGCAGGGAGAGAAAAGUGUAUUGGACAGAUCUGGCAGGAAGGACCAUUAAUCGGGCUGGUCUGGAGUCAGGAUCAGAACCUGAGAUUAUCAUCAACACAGGUCUGACGAGUCCAGAAGGACUUGCUGUAGAUGUUGCGCGCAGGAAACUGUUUUGGGUGGACAGCACACCAGAUAAGAUCGAAACAUCAAAUCUAGAUGGAAGUGAUAGACGAGUUUUGUUUGACACAGAUUUGGUCAACCCUAGAGCCAUCAUCGUAGACUCUCCUACAGGAACCCUCUAUUGGACCGACUGGAAUAGAGAAUCUCCUAAAAUUGAAAGCUCCACUGUGGAUGGGCACAACCGACGAGUUCUGGUGCGGGAUGGCAUCGGUUUGCCCAACGCUUUGAUUUAUGACACCACCACACGACAGGUCUGCUGGGCCGAUGCAGGAACCAAGAGGCUAGAAUGUAUAUCACCGAAUGGGACUGGCAGACGUGUGAUACACAGUAAUCUAAACUACCCAUUCAGCAUGGUGUCCUAUGCCAAUCACUACUAUUACACAGACUGGAGGAGAGAUGGAGUUAUUAGUCUUGGACGUGACAGUCAGUUUACAGAUGAGUUCCUACCUGAUCAGAGAUCUCAUCUGUAUGGAAUUACAGUUGCUCCUCCGCACUGUUUAUAAAGGGAGAUGCUAAUGACAGAGCCAAUAUUACAUGGUGCUAUUUUAGGCAAGUCUUGAAGUACUUGCGGGCUGUGGGAAUCUCAGAGGAGAUGAAAGAAGAGAAUCCUGAGUUUCAUCAAAUGUGCAAAUUUACAAACGUGAACAUGAAUAUUUUUUUUUUUCAAAAUAGUUUUGUAAAUUUGUUUUAUACCUCAUUUCUUUCUACUGUACUUUUGUAUGUGACUUUUUGUUAAAAAAAUAAAUAAACCCAAAAA